AUGGCGGUGCGAAGAGGGCUGCAUAAGCUCUCUCAGUCUUCUGCAGACUCGAUCGACACAAUACUAGUCAUGUGUGCUCUGUUCUAUUGCGCUGAGUGUCUGCAGGGGUACUACCAGGCCGCGUUACUCCAUGUCGCAUCCGGUGUGAGAAUCCUACGGCAUCAAGAGCAGCUCAGACUAGGCUGCAGCGGUUAUUCAUAUCGCCCACGUGAAGAGAUUCAAUAUAUUCUGGCAGUAAUGGAAAAUCAACUGCUGGAGGUUGGUGGGGAACUGUCCUUACCGGAUAGCAUAAAGCUGUACACAUCGACCUGUCUACAUGUCCCAUUCGAGGAUCCCUCCCAAACCAUGUCUACCCUCGAAGAACUCGGCGAUGCCUUUAAGAUACUCUACAACAAAUUCCUGCAUGUGCUCUCCAGUGCAGAGACUUCCGCAAAGGACGCCUCCGAAGAGGUGCAGGCGCAAUUGGAGGCGCAGUACAUGGAUGUCCUGGAGAGGAUGAGUCGAUUUUCGACGGCCUUUGACCGCUUCCUUGCGACAAACCCACAGCACCAAAUGGACGAGAAUGCGCACAUGUAUAUGAUAACACUUCAGGUGUGGCGAAACACCGUGGGGGUGGUUCUGAACGCCGGAUGGCCUCCAUGCGACUCAGCAUGGGACAAGCAUACCGCCGAUUACGCGGUGAUUUGUUCACUGGCAGAGGAGAUGAUGAGCAAGAGCACUCUGGCACUCCCCGGACCGGCACAUCCAAUAAGUAUUACCGGCAACAAAGGUAAAAAGCAGCCAUCCGCGGGACACAGCGGCCGUGAUACGACCAGACCUAUCUAUACUUGCAUCCUUCCCAAGCCGCAACCCCCUCGCUCACCGUCAUUCUUCUCGCUCUCUCUUGGCGUCCUGCCGGUGCUGUGGAUUGUAGCAGUCAGCUGUCGGGACUCCAAAACACGCUACCGUGCCAUACACCUGAUGGCUCGCUGUAAGCGACAGGAAGGGAUCUGGGAUUCGCGCCUGUAUGCACAGGUGGCCGCCAGGGUGGCGCGACUGGAGGAACAGGUAGCUGGUAUACCUGAAGGUGCUGACUACGAGCCAAGCGACGUCCCUAUGAGUGCCCGAGUGUCGACUGUUAUGACUGUUGUGUUUUCUAUAGAUUAUAUAAAUAUAUCAGCUAUUCUACUUCACUGA